UCCCUGAGUGUAUGUAUAGCUGGAUUCUACCUCAUAAAUUAAAUAUCCAACCACCAACGGCCAAAUCAGAAAUCAGAAAAUCAAAAAUUAAAACUGAAAGUGAAACCUCCAUUGCAUUACCAAUAAGGCAUAAAUCAUCUCUUAUCUCUUAUCUUUCACCGGGCUGUUAACCCAUUUUGAUUGAACCCGAUAACAGCCCGGGUAUAUUAAAAUGGAGGCGACGUCGUCCACAGCAUCAACCUCGGUGGUUUCCGGUGAUGGAUCAACCGUAGAUUCAAGCAGAACAUCAACAUCAACAUCGACAACAGCAAGAUCAUCGAUGAUUGAUUCAUUACGAGGUUGCGGAUUAUCAGGGAUUAGGAUUGAUAAAGAGGACCUCCGCACUCGUAUAUCCAUCCCACAAUAUCUACGCCUGGCUAUGCGCCGUGCUAUAAAUUCUAAAGAUGUUCAUUCAACGGAUCUUUUAGCUGCUGAAACUCCAGAGGAGGUGCAUUUACCGCCUAUUUCUCCCAUGGUUGUUUUUAUUAAUUCCAGGAGUGGUGGAAGACAUGGCCCUGAACUCAAAUUAAGGCUUCAACAAUUAAUGGGUGAAGAACAGGUAUUUGAUCUUUCAGAUGUGAAGCCUAAUGAGUUUGUCCAGUAUGGAUUGGCUUGCCUUGAGCAGUUGGCCACUUCGGGUGAUCUUUGUGCGAAAGAGAUUCGGGAUAGAAUGAGAGUAGUGGUUGCUGGGGGAGAUGGUACAGUUGGUUGGGUACUUGGAUGUCUGGGUGAACUUCAUAAAGAUGCUAGAACUCCGGUGCCUCCUGUAGCAAUCAUUCCCCUUGGCACAGGGAAUGAUUUGUCCAGGAGUUUUGGCUGGGGUGGCUCCUUUCCAUUUGCUUGGAAGUCAGCUAUCAAAAGGUCUCUUCAUAAGGCUAGUACGGGCUCUAUAUGUCGUUUAGAUAGUUGGCAUGUAUCAAUAACAAUGCCAGCUGGAGAAGUUAUGGAGCUACCUCAUUCAUUGAAGUCAACAGGAGAAUGCACUCUUGAUCAGGGCUUUCUGCUUGCUGGCCGACUUCCUGAGAAAGUGACUUGCUACGACGGAGUGUUCUACAAUUAUUUUAGUAUUGGCAUGGAUGCACAAGUUGCAUAUGGCUUCCAUAACUUGCGGAAUGAAAAGCCGUACCUUGCACAAGGUCCAAUUGCAAAUAAGCUGAUCUAUUCUGGAUACAGCUGUACGCAGGGUUGGUUCUUCACACCUUGUGUAAGUGAUCCAAGCUUAAGGGGACUCAAUAACAUCUUGAGGAUUCAUAUCAAGAAGGUCAAUUGCUCAGAAUGGGAGCAAAUACGGGUCCCAUCAAACGUAAGAUCAAUAGUUGCAUUGAAUCUUCAUAGUUAUGCGAGUGGAAGACAUCCAUGGGGUAAUUUGAGACCAGAAUACUUGGAAAAGAGAGGUUUUGUGGAGGCCAAUGCUGAUGAUGGUCUUCUAGAAGUUUUUGGUCUAAAGCAUGGAUGGCACGCCUCUUUCGUGAUGGUAGAACUGAUAUCUGCCAAGCACAUUGCUCAGGCCGCUGCAAUAAGGUUUGAAGUAAGAGGUGGGGACUGGAGACAGUCAUUUAUGCAGAUGGAUGGGGAGCCCUGGAAACAGCCCCUUGAUAAGGAAUACUCGACAUUUGUGGAGAUCAAGCGGGUGCCAUUUCAGUCCCUAAUGAUUCGUGAUGAAUAACUACUACAACCCUGAAGUUUGGUAUUUGUUCCAAAAUUUUCUCUUGUGAAUCAAAAUAUUUGUAAAGCAUUGUUAGAAGUUGUAAUCUAAUUAGAGAUGUGGUAGCUGUAUUCUGUAACAAUGUUUAGCUGUAAAUGUUAAUUAUUCUGCCAGUGUAAUAUGUUUCCCUGCUGAUUUCUGGGCUAACAAGGCGAAGCUUAGAGGGAUAUCUGGGAUGAGAUGUUGAAAAGUUUGAAAACUUGUAAAACAAGUGUAUGAUUGAGGUGUAUGAGUGAUGAUAAAACGGUUGCUUUUCGUUUCA